GAGAAUGUGUUUUUUUCUUCUAUGAAACUACUGAAAUUGAUUUGCACUGAACGAAAAAAGGUACACUUAGGCUAAUCACUGCAGUUUUGAACUUCCGAGAAAAAGAGUAACACUAAAAUAUAAACAACAUAAGUUUACUAUGUAAUACAGAUUCUCAUAAUAUCUUACGUUUUUACAUUCAUUACAUUUUAUAUGUUAUAAUAUUGCAAGUCACAAGUUAGAAUAAUUAGAUAUAGUUCUAAACAGCGGAGUGAUAUAUAGGAUCACGUGAUUGUAUCGUGCCAAGAACGACAAAGAUGGCGGAUCUUGAAAAAGGAGGAACUAUGGUUCGUGACUUUUCAAAAGUUAUUUUGACACUAGAUAACGUUCUUAUACCCCCAGAUAAGUUGUCACCUACUCCUUCGAUGUCUGAUGGAUUAGACAAGGACACCGAAAUUGAUUUGCGAAUCGUAGGAUGUGAACUAAUUCAGACUUCAGGAAUAUUGCUCAAACUUCCGCAGGUAGCGAUGGCCACGGGACAAGUUCUGUUCCAGCGGUUCUACUAUUCCAAGUCCUUUGUCAAACACAAUAUGGUGGUUGUGGCAAUGGCAUGCAUAAACCUUGCUUCAAAAAUUGAAGAAUCUCCAAGAAGGAUCCGAGAUGUUAUUAAUGUAUUUCAUCAUGUCAAACAAGUUAGAGAGGGCAGGAAUAUUCAACCCUUAAUUCUAGAUCAGAACUAUAUCAACUUGAAAAACCAGGUGAUCAAAUCUGAAAGACGUCUUCUCAAGGAACUUGGAUUCUGUGUCCAUGUGAAACAUCCACAUAAGGUGAUUGUAAUGUACCUCCAAGUAUUGGAUUGUGAAUCCAACGUGAAGCUGGUGCAGUGUGCAUGGAACUACAUGAAUGAUAGUUUCCGAACAGAUGUCUUUGUGCAAUAUGAUCCUGAGACGAUAGCAUGUGCUUGCAUUUACCUGGCUGCUAGACAGCUACAGAUUCCCCUUCCUUACAAUCCACCUUGGUUCUCUAUACUAAACCAAGAGGAACACCAUAUAACAGAGAUUUGCCUUACAAUCCUCAGGCUCUACGCCCGCUCAAAGCCUAACCUAGACAAACUUGAAGCAAAGGUGAAUGAGUGUAAGAAGCUCCAUGUUGAAGCCAAGCUGAAGAUGAAGGGACUGUCCUCUUCCAAUACUCCAAAUUCUACACAUAACUCUCCCAAAAAUAUUAGUCCUUCACCUCUGAGUGUCCAAAAUCUGAAGAGACAGAAGGACGAGGACACAUCUGAUCACAGUGGAAGUGGGCGUAACAAUUAUGUGUCAAAGAAAAAGAAACGUCAUUAUAGUCGAAGUCGUUCAAGGAGUUUCUCCAGUAGGAGUAGAAGUCGCAGUUUCAGCUCAUCUCCACGCAGAAAAUAUAAAAGUCCCCAUAGAAAAUACAAGAAAGAAUCGAAACGAGAUGAUUGGAGUAGAACUCGGAAACGUAAAACCUCAGUGUCUCCAUAUACAAAUAGACGCUCAUACAGUAGAUCACCAGACUAUAAAACUAGUAAGAAGUCAUAUUAUAAAGACAAGGACCGAUAUAUUUCUGCAGAUCGAUACACCAGUGAUCGUAGUUUUGAGAAAUAUGAUUCCAAGUACUAUGAUAAGCCCAAGGCUAAGAAGCAUAGUAAUGGACAUAGACGUAGUCGUACCCCCGAGAGAUACAGGCGGUGAAAUAAUGAAUUGUGGAUUAAGACACUGGAUUUUGAAUGAGUGCAGGCUUUGCCCUACAAUUGCAGUAUGUAAAUGAAAUACCUAAAAGGGCAGUGACAAUAAUUCGUAUUUAACAAACACAUUUCAACUCUACUACAAUAGUUAUCACACCCUUGGGUGCUACGUUGUUAAAAUAUGUUUGUUGAAUUCUUGCCUUUUCAUUCAUUUUUCAAAUUGAAAUUAGAGAUUUACUUUUGUGAAAUUGAAAUUGAUAAGCCGUUUUGCUGAGUGUGUAGAGCAUACCUGAUCUACAGUAUAUUUUUUGUUACAUUCACUACUUGUAAUGAAUAUAUUCAGUAAUAUACCUCACAAUUUAUAUACACUUCCAAUUGAGGUUGAUUUCUGUUCUAGCAACCGUUUUUCAAUUCAUAAAGUUGAUUUAUGUAUUUGUCAGAUUGCAUUUUUAUUAUUUAUUUAGGUAAACUAUAAAUACUGAUGGAUUGUGGUAUUGUAUCAAGGUAUAGCAAAAUUAUAGACCAGAUUGGUGAAUAUUUUUCUCAACUUUUAAUGACAAUCAGUAUUUAGUUUUGUAAUACUAAUUAUAGCAAAAUUGUUUCAUUUAUGGCAUGUAGUGUUACAUUGGCCCUAUUAUACUGAUUUUAAUUAAGAGUUUACUCAUUAAGAAAACAACAAAAACUAAAUAUUCUGAAUUUUAUUAUGUAAAAACAGAUGUAUUUGAAUAAAAUUGUUUGAUUUGACAGUUUGAUGAAGAAACUUCAUGCAUUUUUGGCAUUGGAGGGUGUAAACUGCUUAAAAUGUAUUUUUAUAUAUAAGCAUGAAUGAUGUAUAUAUACUAUCUUAAAAAUCAUGUUCCAUCUAUCCUAAUUUUAGAGAAAUAGUAUUGUGAAAAUUAAUAAAAAAAAGUAUCAUAUGAAAAACAAUAUGCAAUUGCAAUGUUCCUGUUACGAUUAGAUAUGUGGUGGAUAUUGUAUCUGAAGAUCUGAAAUGAAGAAAUUGUUCCUUAUAACUAGUUAUUAUAGUUAUGUCACCACCAAGAAAUGGUGACAUUUUGUUAUGGUCUCCGUUUUUUGUGGCAGCGGUUGGUGGUUGGCGCCUGUAACAAAUUCUUAAAACUUCAAAUUAUUUAACAAAUACUGUUUAGAUUUUUUU